UGCGAACCCAGCGACAUAUUGCAAAAGGGGAAAUCCGUAUCCAUUCGUCGGGAAAUGAGUUCAUCCUCAAGACAUGAGGAGUGCAUGAAGUAUCACCACAAAGUUGAAAUGCCCGCUUACUCAAUGGCCUCGACCUUCCACGAUGGCAUGAUCCGGGGUACUUCAAUGCAACUUAACGGGCCGAAUAGGCUCAAUGCCCUGAUCAGCUGGCCCUAUGCAGUAGAUUGAAGGAAAGAAAUGGCCAGAAAGUAGGCUGAGACAGAUAAGCGGAGUUUGAAAUGAUCGGCAUGAUGUGAGGCUGAGGUGAAUAGCCUAUACACUGAACAAAUUACUCUCAGUAUAUAUCUACACUAUUCUUCACGAUAGUCUAGUUAUUCUUAUUCUCAUCUCACCAUUCUUGCAGCAGCUUCUCAUCAAGAUGCAUUACUCGACCCUUGUUCCCUUGAUCCUCGCUGGCUCCGCCUCAGCAUGGCUUCCUCAUGAGCGCGACCUGGCCGCGUUUAAUCAGACUGCUCGCCACGAACAACUUGGGAAACGAUUCAAGCCAAGCUUGCCCAGCGGUGUAACAAAGAUCCGUGGUGUCAACUUCGGUGGCUGGCUUGUCUGUGAGCCCUGGAUGCAGCGAGAUGAGUGGGCAAAUGUCCUCCAGUGCGGCGACUCUGUAUCCGAGUUCGACUGCAUGCGCAAUCACUACUUAGGAUCAAACCGCGAAACUGGCAACAAUCGCUUCGAACAGCAUUGGAAGAACUGGAUCAACCCCGCAACUGUCCAGUCCGUCCAUGACGUCGGACUCAACACCAUCCGGAUCCCCAUCGGAUACUGGUCCUACACUGAUAUCGUCGACAAGGCUAGCGAACCUUUUGCUGAUGGCAACCGCAUGCUUCCUUACCUCGACGCUGUCGUCCAAAAGGCUGCUGACCUCGGAAUCUAUGUCAUCAUUGAUCUUCACGGUGCUCCUGGAGGCCAGCAGGAGGAUGUCUUCACUGGCCAGAACAACAAACCAGCUGGUUUCUUCAAUGACUACAAUUUUGGCCGUGCGCAGAAGUGGCUUGCUUGGAUGACGAACCGUAUUCAUACCAACUCUGCUUACUCAACCGUCGGUGUAAUCGAGGUCCUCAACGAGCCUGUUUCUCGCCAUGAUGCGAACAACCGCUAUCCUGCUCCCGGCGAGGACCCAGGCUUGAUUCAGAAGUACUAUCCUGCCGCCCUCAAAGCCGUCCGUGACACCGAAGCAUCUCUCAAAGUCCCCGAUAACAAGAAGCUUCACGUUCAGUUCAUGUCCAGCAAAUGGGACUCCGGAAACCCCCGCUCCGUAUCCUCCGUAGCCAACGAUCCCUACACUGCUUUCGACGACCAUAACUACAUCGGUUUCGCUCUUGGUAACGACAACGGCGAUCAGUACAAGCUCAUGCACAGCGCUUGCACUGACUCUCGCCUCGUUAGCGGCCAGGACUUUACUUUCACUGGUGAAUGGAGUAUGACUUCGAACGCUGAUUGGCAUGACAAGAAUUUCUUUAACAAGUUCUUUACGGCUCAGCAGCAGCUGUAUGAGAAGCCCGGUAUGGCGGGGUGGAUUUACUGGACUUGGAAGACUGAGACGAAUGAUCCGAGAUGGACGUAUUCUUAUGCGACGUAUCUGAAUUACAUUCCUACUGAUGCUGCUGGCCUAGAGAAGAAUGUCUACCAAGACGUUUGUGCUGGUUAUCGAUAGAUUCAACUUGUUGUUUCUUGUCGAGAAUCAGGGGCUAUGGGAAAAGCUCUUGGCACUAAACUAGGUAGUCUAAAGGUCUACUCAGUCUAUACUAAAUUUACCUGAGUCUUUUUAUGAUUUAGGAAAG